AUGUCACAGCCAGACAAACCCCGUUCUUCUGCGUACGAGACAUUCCCAGCCCCAAUUCUGUCCUCUCGUAACGGGUUCGACUUCCAUGUGUACUUUAUGCCAACCAACCCAGUCCACGUCCAGCAUGCUCUCCAGCUCCAUCAACGCAUCUCCACCGAGUUCCCUGAACUUCCCAUCUAUCGCGUAUGGGAUAGGCCCAUAGGUCCUCACCCUACUGCGAUGUUUGAGGUUCAGACCAAGACCCCUCAUCAGACCGGCGCUCUCUUUGGCUGGCUCGUCGUCAAUCGAGGACCUCUUGAUGUCUUGGUCCACCCCAACACAGAUGAUACUUAUAGGGACCAUGCGGAGCUCGCCAGCUGGAUUGGAAAGCCAUGGCCAUUGAAUCUAGAAAUUCUUAGAGCCCAUCGCACGAAAUAG